CUUCAGUAGCUGCUUAGACUCUAACGGUCUGCUCUACUCAAAACUAUCCAAUUUUUAACAUAUUCAUUAUUUUCGUAAUUUUUAAAUUUUAAUACUAUUGAUCAUUUUAAGAAUGAGCAGAAGCAGCUACUCAAAGUUAGUUUUUUAUUUUAAACUUUCCUUUACUUAACCAAUCACUUGAUAUUAGUAAAAUUGAAGUUUUUAUCCCUCAACACUUUCUUUUAAUACUGAUUAUUGUCUAUUAGUUCACAAUUAGAUUAAUGUCUUUUCAUUUUGUUCUUAAACAAAAUAGCAUGAAAUAAAAAAAAGAAACAAAAAUCAGGUAAAGAGAUUAGUUAGUAACAAAGUAAAGAAAAAGAUAAUAACCAGCUAUUCCUUACCAUUUUUUAUCAAUUUUUUCUAUACUUUUAUAUCCUAAAGAUAGAAGGAAUUUAGAUGAUUUUCUCCCAAUCCUUUUUGGUGGUAAACUCUUGAAAAAAAAGCUUUUUUUAAACUUUUAGCAUAUUUAGCUUUUUCUACAUUUUUUUAUACCAAGUGGAUUAGUAUAGUGGAUUUUUUGGAUUAUUAAUAUCAUUUGUAUUCUGGUGUUUUUUGGUGUUGUCUUUCAACUUUUCUAAAUAUGGAUUUUGUUUGAACACUUGCUGCCUUUUCUAUUGUGUGUUUGUGGUAAAGGAAUUUUCAGAUUCUCACUUCUUCCUCCCUCAAGUUUUCUAUUAAAUUACUACUAUUGAAUUCCUACCCUCUCGUUUUCCUUUUAACUUUAACAACUCUCCAUUCUUCAACCCUCUCAACUGUCAACGAAUGAAAUCUGCUCCAAAGUCAAAUGCUACAAUGAUUCACAACUAUUUGGAUUUCUCAUCAUGACUCAAUGGAAUAUGGUUUAAAUAUUUUCUAUAGUAAUCAUCCAUCCUUGGCCUGCUAGAAAUUCCUUUUUGAUCGUACAGCCAAAAAUUUCCUAAUGGUGCAAAAUAUUUGGAUGUUUUUUGUUUUUUUCAUACAAAAAAGCAUUUCUAAAGAAACACUGGAAGAAAAAAAAUGAACCAAAAGAGACGUUUUCUAUUCUUAAAUAUUGUUAAUACUUUUCUUAUAAUUGAAAAUUCAACUUUAUAGAUGGAAAGUUAUGUUUCGUCAAGAUCUACUUAGAGAUUUUUCUACUCCUCUUCCUCUCCAACCUUUAAAAAACACGUGCGUUAUGCAUUCCAAUUGAAUAUUAUCUUCAAUGCUUGAAACUAGCAAUGUUAAUUGAACGUAAAUAACGAAGUAUCGAAGCAUUGUUAAUAGCAGUUUUUUUUUUAUCCUAUCAAAAAUAAUAGGAUAAUUUUUUCUGCGAAGUCUAUUUUUAAUUGAACGUCCAUCUUUAAUGAACAUUCAAGAGAAUAUAGGAGAAUAUAUGCAAUAGUUUUUAUAUAAAAUAAAUUAUAGGGGCCGACAGAAAACGUCCCCAAGUGAGUUUUUUGAAAGCAAGAUUUCGGAUUGAAAAAUGGUUAGCAGGAGUAAAGUAGCUUUUGAUUUGUAGUUAGGGGGGUUCCAUCUAAGGGUUAGGGGUAAUCAAAAAGGUUAGAGAGACAAGGGCUAGGUUAGGGUUAGGGUUAAACCAUGAAUUCGGGGACGUUUUCUGUCGUAUCCAAAUUAUAGAUACUAUGCAAUAAAUAAUUUGUUCUAUAUUUAAUAGCAAAAUCCGUCCGUUGUCUGCUUGCCAAUUUGGAUUUAAAAUGUUCCAUUUAAUUGGAAAAGUUAAAAUGAUAUGAUAAUACAACUAGAUUCAAACACAAUCUUCUUGGUAAUAAUUUUCAAAGCAGCCUUAAUUUAAAUUUAAAGCAAAAGGCGAAUGUUAAUAAAAGCUUUAUAAAUCAAAUAUUUGCAAAUAGAGUCGACAAUUGAACGUUAACAACUCUGGCUUGUGAAAUACUGUAUAUCUUUUUUUAAAUGUUCAGUAUGAAAAACUAUAUAAUGGAUAAUGAGCAAGUUUAUCCAAGACUGAUUUGUUUGGUAUUCUUUUUUAAGAUGUUUCAAUAUUCUACUGAAGAUAUAUGCAAUAUUGGUGCAGAUUUAAGAGUAUAUGUUGGAGGUAAAAGAGUAAAAAUAGAUAAUGACAAGUGUUCUAUUAUAUUUCUUUUUUUCAAUAUCUAUUGUUGUUUAUAUCAGAUAAAAACGAUGCAAAAUCACUCUGCGAUGCUGGAAAUUUAUGUCACGAAACUGGAUAUGGUUGCUAUUUGUCAAAGAAUGAAUUUCCGGGUUUUAAAAAGUAUAAGGAUAAUUGGGAUUGUUCUGGCUCGGAUAUAAUUGAUGAACAGAAAGGGUCAAUUGAAGAUUGUCUAUAUCAUUGUGAUCUUGUUAGCAACUGUAUGGCUGUCCUGACAAGUACUACUAAUCAUUGUUGGCUAAAACACCAAUGUGAAAAUUACCAGCAGUUAGUGAAUUAUGGGGUUCAUCAUAAUUUAAUUGACAAUCAAUUAAGCUGCUUCAUUGGAGGUAUGGAUCAAUCAGUUGAUUCAGUUUAUACAACUGCCGAAAAAACACAAGCUAUUACUUAUGCUGUUGCAAAUGAUAAAGUUGUUGUUUUUUCUGCAACAAAUAUAGAACUAAAAACUGGUGAUCUGAAUAACCUGAAUAAAGAAUAUGAUAAAACUACAUGCUUUGCUGGAAAUUUGAUGAUUAAUGAAAUAGAUAAUAUAAAAACAUUUUUGACAAAUCAUGCUAUGUUUGAUAAACAAUUAACCACUUGUAAAACUAUUACAAGCACUCCAUUAAAAAUAAGAUUUCCUUGGCCAACCUCGGGAUCUGCUAAUCAUAAUUUUUCUAUUAGAAUUGAUGGUGAAAAUUUGAAUUGUUAUAAUUCUAGAAUUUUAACUCUGACUGGAAGUAAUAUUAUUGUUUAUGUUCCACUUGAUCACCAAAUAAAUGCAGUAUUUGAAGGAAAUUACCUUUCAUGUGACUUGCAAAGUGUAAAUGCUACAAGUUGCAAUUUCAGUUGUAAUUGUAGAGGUAAGAAAUGCCAAGCUGUCUAUGUAAAUUCUCAAGAUUAUGAAGAAAGAAUGAAGAUAUGCGAAAUAACAAAAAUACUUUAAAUACAACAAGGCAGUUUUGCUAUUUAUCCUAUACAAUUGUCAUUGUAAGUAUAAAUAAUUAAAAUUCAACUUGGUGAUUAUAUUGAUGUUUGAACAAUCAAUAAAUUUACAUAUGUAAAAUGAGUUAGAAAAAGAACUUUUGAAAUAUGAACUAGAAAGGAUAUUUUAUUGAAUUCAUUGUUACACAAUCUUUUAGUUUAUUAAGAAAAUAGCAGAAAAUUCAAAGUUAUAGUUAUAAUAUUCACCCAUUAUUCAAUAUAUUUAACUGAAUAUUAUUAAUAUCUAAUACUUAACUAAUUUAAAAAAAAGCUGACUGUAUACAAGCAAUUAAUACAUCUUGAAGAUAUCUAUACAUUUACUGUUUAUAUUGUAACCACACUGAUGAAACUAGACAAAGAAGAUAAUAAUCUGAUGAUAAUGACUAUAUCAUGAGACGAAGAGUAUAUUGGAGAAAAUAGACAGGAAUUCAAUUCGGUUUUAGAGCCUAAAAUGGAAAAAUGUUUUAUUGGUAGAAGGUAUUGUCUGACAAUCAUCACUCUUGUGCCACUAAAUUCGCAAACUUGUCUUAUAUUGAUAUACUGUACAAUUAUUAAAUCAUUAAAACUGUUGCUAUAGUUGUUUGUCAGGACUAUUGUCAGAUAUUGCAUUCUGUUAUACAAUUAAAGUGGAGAGAUAUCAAAACUUAAAAUAAAUCAAUGAUAAUUCAUAAAUAUUGUAUAGAUUGAUUUAAUACAAAAUCUUUAUAAUAAAGUCUAUAAUUAUUCUUUAAUGAUGACUUUAUGAAGUUACCAAAGAAUAAAAUAUCUUUCUUUUCAUCAUAAAUAUCCUGUAAAACUUGAAGAGACGCCGAUGAAAAGAAAUAUUCUUCUUUUAAAUUGAUUUUCUAAAAAGUGUAUUUACUUGUAUGAAUAGAAAGUAUUUUAUUUGCCUUUAACCUUAAAAAAUAUGAAAUUUUUCAAUAAUCCUCCACUAGUAUAGCCAAAUGAAUGCAUAUAGUUUAAUUGUUUAAUAAGUUCAGAGUAGAUGAUAAUUGAAGAGGAAAAAUUUCUAUUACGCCAAAGGAUAGAUUGAGGACACAAUUUAUUAUAAAAACAAUUACAAAUUGAACAUUCUUUUAUUGCGGAGAAUAUCAUUAAACCUAUAGUAAAGUUGUCUUUAUUAUUUAUACUAACAUUAAAUUAAUGAUUGAACCAACUCUUAAUCCUAUUCUCUCUUCUGAUGUUCUCAUAUUGAUUUUUCCUAUCAAAGAAAGUGACCUAUUAUGUUUAGAAGUUAAAAUUGAAAAAUUUUAAUAAAACUACUCUUUUUCCUGUUUUUCAAAACGUUUAGAAUGAAUUCGAGACCUAAUUUCCAUAUAGAAGAUGACCGUAGAAUGAGUUAAAGAACACCAUAAGUAUAUAAUAAUGAACCAUUUAUGAAUAACAAUUUGAGUUAAACUCGAAGAAUUUGAAUGUUUGUUGAUCAAUACAAUUUCUAAGGUUAAAAGGACAGACACGUAAAGAUAGUAAGAACUGUAACAGAAAGGUAAAAAGAACCUAAAAUGAUGAAUAUCAUCCAUAAGAAGCAUCUUGGAAACGCUACAACUGUAAUAGAAAUAAAGAUAUGUUGACUAUUUCUAUCCCACUUGAAUAUUUUUAAUAAAUAUGCAUUUAUUAAAAAGAUAAUUGAUAGAAUGGAAUGCGGCAAUAGAAAGAUGAUAAUUCUAAUAAUUUUAUAAAAGGAUCUAGAAGAAAGUAUAGUUGUAAUUUGUGUUGGUAAAUAGUUAAAGCACACAUUAGAAUUCCUUGAUUUAUCCUUUUUUUUUAAAAAAAACAAAAUUUUCAGAAAUAAAAAAAAAAUAAAUUUUUGUUAAUUACUUUUUGAAAAAAUUCAAGACAAAUUGAAUAUGUUAAAAAAACAGUUAAAAUUAAAAAAUUUGUAAAGAG